AUGCAGGUGGCGGUUCCGGGCAAGAGUUCCGAGAAGUGCGACGAGGGCGCGAGACAUCUCGCCGUGGCCCAGGCGAGCCAGUUCGAGGACAAGGAGUCCCUCAAGAAGGCCGUCAACUGCUACUUCAACGCCAUCGCCUGCGACCGCAAUGACCCCCAGGGCUACGUGGGCGCGGCGUACAUCGUGCUCCUGCUAGGAUCCAACAAAAGUGCGAUGCGGUACCUCGAGGCGGCGCUCGAGGUCGCCCCGGACAACAAGGACGCGCAGAAACUGAUGGCGUACGCGAAGGAGCAGGUCGAGCAGGGCAACGAGGGCCAGGAGGUGAUCCACGAGGACGAACAACAACAGCAGUGUCACGCCGACGGGGAUGUGCCGUCCAAGGGGCGGAACCGCACGCUUUGA